AUGGAAACAGAGUUAAAAACAUCGAAGGACCGGUACCGGCCUUACAGCCGACCUGAUAGGUCUGGCUUUAGGAUGGAUAGAGGAAGAAUUGAUCACAACCAUAGUGUGGUAAGAAAAGACAGACGAAAUGAUUGCGGCUCAGGUAGCAGGGGCUUGCAAUUCAGGAACAAUCCUGUUGUGGCGUCUGAUAUAGGAGAGAGCUCGAGGUUAUCUGAGUACAACUUCAACGUCGAUGCCAAUGCUAUUGUUUCUGCUAUUGGGCAUAUUAAGGAUGUGAGAUGGCUGAGACCACUUCGGACUGGCCCCGCCCAACAGGAUCUGAAUGCAAUGUGUGAUUACCACGGAACUCAUGGUCACCGAAUCGCGGAUUGCCGACAACUAAGGGAUGAAGUUGCCCGGUUAUUGAAGAACGAUCAUUUGCAUGAAUUUUUGAGUGACGGAGCGAAGGGUCAUUACAAAGGCAGGGAAGCAAAUAAGAAAGCUGAACUGAUGAAACCUCAGCACGUGAUCAACAUAAUUAUCGGAGGAGUAGAAGUUCCCCAAGGUCCGAUGAUGAAGAAAACAAAGGUCUCGAUCACUCGGGAAACGAAAACUAGAGAUUAUGUACCGGAGGGGUUCAUUUCCUUCAGUGACAAAGACACGGAGGGCGCUAUUCAACCUCACAAUAAUGCUUUGGUAAUUUCUGUCCUUAUAAAUAAAUCUCAGGUGAAGCGUAUUUUGAUUGAGCCAGGUAGCUCGGCCAGCAUCAUUCGUUGGAAAGUGGUAGAGCAGCUAGGUUUGUUGGACCAAAUUAUGCCGAAAGCCCGGGUCCUCAACGGGUUCAACAUGGCAUGCGAAACUACCAAGGGAGAGAUCACUCUACCGGUGAACACUGCAGGGAUUGUUCAACAUAACAAAUUCUAUGUCAUUGAUAGCUGA